CCUGCACCUAAUGCCUGCAUGCAGCAGGUCUGCUCAGUGCCCCAUCACCCCAGUGCAGGCUGUGAUCAGCGCCUCCAGGAGAGGAGAGGGGGGCUUCCUCCAGCCCCUCAGCCUUAUGAGCUGCCCUACAAGCCAUGACUCUGAGCUCUGACAUGACCGAUGCCUCUGCCCUGGCUGAUGAGACCGACAUAGAUGUGGUGGGAGAGGGGGAGGACGAGGAGCCCAGGGGCUGCCACUAUGCUCAGGAGGAAGAGGAGGAAGAAGAGGAGGAGGUGGUGGUGGCAGAGGACCUGCUGAUGCCCAGGUCCCCCCAGUGCUCAUCAACCAAAGAGUCCUCAUACAAGCCGGGGAGCAGCAAGACCACCCUGGUGAAGCCCCCCUACUCCUACAUUGCCUUAAUAACCAUGGCUAUCCUGCAGAGCCCAAAGAAGAGGCUGACCCUCAGCGAGAUCUGCGACUUCAUCAGCCAGCGCUUCCCCUACUACCGGGAGAAGUUCCCCGCCUGGCAGAACUCCAUCCGCCACAACCUCUCCCUCAAUGACUGCUUCGUCAAGAUCCCCCGGGAGCCUGGCAACCCUGGCAAGGGCAACUACUGGACGCUGGACCCUGAGUCAGCGGAUAUGUUUGACAAUGGGAGCUUUCUCAGGAGAAGGAAGCGCUUCAAGAGGCAGCAAACCCCAGAGCUGCUUCUCAGGGAGCCCGGGCACUUCAUGCCAACCUAUGGCUAUGGACCCUACAGCUGUGGCUAUGGCAUCCAGCUGCAGCCCUAUCACCCACAUUCUGCCUUGAUUGCCUUCCAGCCCCCACACAGACAGCCAACCAAUGCCACUGCCAUGCCAAAUCCAUCCAUGUUACCAGAUCUGCCCAGGACCUGUACAUUCUACCCUCACCAACUUAACCCAGCACUUCCAGCCUCCAUACAGACUGCCAAGAACUCCAGCUCGACCCUCAGCCGCUCCUCCACCUUCUCCAUUGAGAGCAUCAUAGGUGGGGGGGACAUGAGCCCAAUUCAGUGCAGCAACUCUUCUUCCAAAGCAUCGGGGGUCCCCGUUAUCUCCAGGGCCCUGGUGACUUUCUCCAACUCUCCUGCUGUUGCUGCUUUAGGUGGGGCCUUGCAGCCUGGAACCAUCCUUACCAAUGGGGAACCUUAUACCACUAGGAUUGCAAACUCUUAAUACAACUCAGGCUUGUGCUGAGAAGGUAGGAUGCUUUCUAUGGCUUCUGCAUUACUGUUGCCUUUAUCUACCAUUGGUAAUACAAGGAAGGCCCUAGCAGCCAUACUUGCACCUCUAAUGUACUAUAUUGUGUGUUCAUCCCAAGCCAAGGUAACCUGCAAAUGCAAAAACAAGAAAAAGACAAAACAAAAACAAAAAAAAGCCUUCACCAUAGUAGCAUGGUACUUUACCCCCAUAAGCUGCCCGUUUGUGGGGUUCUCAGGUCUGCCAGAGUCAUAGCAAGUCUCUAGGAAUGAAAGCAAUAAGUCUCUUCUAGUGCACCAGAAUGAUUGACAUGUUUACACAGACAGCUGUCAUUUUUUAUUUCAUCCUGUGUUUUGUAUUAUAAUAGACUGGGGGUUUUCUACUUUUAAGUGUUCUUAUUAUUAAUGUAAAAAAU